CGCGGGAAUUCAUUCUUAGCUCACCAAAAGCCAUUCUCUUUUCUCACACCUCUCCAUUUUGUCCAUCCGUAUGUGCAUCGCCAAUUCUAUUCAAAAUCCCUUCCUUCAUUUGCCCUUUAAAAAUUCUUUUUCAUAUUUUAAAGCAAUAAAAACGGAGAAGGUCUGAAGGCGAAGUCUCGUCAGCGAAGUACCAACUUUGGCAUAUUAGAGAUCAUAAAUCUCAAGUUUAAAUUUUGUUGAUGGCUUGGAAAGAUAAAUGGGUUCGAAUUUUAGGUACCAUUUCCAUUCGUGUCUGCAUACUUUGAUUGAUGAUGGGUGUCGAUCCGAGUGGUUUAAUCAUUGCUAUUGAGUGUUUUAAUUUCGUGUUCAAAAUGACGAAGGCUUCAAUUCAUGGUCAGUGUCUUGUGGAGCACUGCAUUUCUUGUCUUCUAAGCUGGAGGCAUUAUCCUCUGAUAUCCCUGCAGGGUUUCCAUCUGGUGAUUAAUUGUAGCCUUCAAGGAGGAAGAUAAUCAUGACAUUUGAUGUGGUUAUGGACUCCGGGAAAAGGAAUGUGGUGGUGGGAGUCCGGUUUGAUAGCAGCCAUGCUAAAGAGUUGCUUGAUUGGGCUUUGAUUAAGGUUGCCGAUCCCGGUGACACUGUUGUUGCCAUUCACGUUUGUAGAAAUUCAGACUCAAAUGCUGAAGAUAAAUACUCCUUGGAUAGUUACGUGGAUGAUUGCGACGACAUAUGCACUAAAAAACAGGUUAAUCUAAAAGCACAAAUUUCAAAGGGAAGUUGUGUUAGAAAGGUGUUGGUGAGGGAAGCAAAGAAAAAUGGUGCUGUGACUGUAAUUGUAGGGACUAGCACGCGCUUAGCUCUUCGGGGUUGGACUUCGAUUGCUAAAUACUGUGCAAGGCAACUGCCUACCUCAGUUGGAGUUAUGGCUAUUCACAAUGGGAGGAUCGUUUUCAAAAGAGGAUCCAAUUGUGAAUACACAGGUGCUGCUGAAGAUCCUAGACCAAGUUUCUAUAAGGAAGGAAGAUCGACUUUCUGGGAUGGUCAGUCUGGACUUAGCAAAUCAGGAAGGCUCUGCCUUGAGAACAGAUUAAGAGAAGAAGAAAUGCCUGACACCCCUGGCUGGCCCCUUCUCCGAACUGAGACUGUUAGGGAUAAGGUUGAGUCUGCCUCAAUAUCUAAGGAGCUCUCAAAAGUUGCGCUUCCUAGGAAGAUGUCAGUGGUUCAGUGGGUAACGACCUUACCAAACAGGUCUUUCCUAGACUCUCCUAGAUCAAAUUCUAGUCCAAAGAGCGGAAGUACUUCCGAAGAGGAAACUUGCAGCAGCUAUACUGAUAAGAGUGAAAGCAAUGAUUUGAAACUUAUGAUUGAUACAAACUUCACUGGCUUCAAAUGGUUCAGCUAUACUGUUCUGAGAGCAUCCACUUCUCACUUCUCAUCAGAGAACUUAAUUAGUAAAGGAGGGUGUAAUAAAGUAUACAAGGGACUGCUUCCAGAUGGCAAAAGAGUUGCGAUAAAGAUUCUAAAGUCAUCAAAAGAAACGUGGCGGGAUUUUACGCGAGAAAUUGACAUAAUGGCUUCAGUUAAUCACGAACACAUUGCGCCUCUACUCGGCAUUUGUAUUGAAGAUAAUGAUUUAAUAUCUGUUUACAAUCUUUUAUCCAAAGGAAACUUGGAAGAAAACUUACAUGGAAAGGGAAAGAUAAAAUCUUCACUGUCUUGGGAAGUAAGGUUCAGAAUAGCUCUACAGAUGGCUGAAGCCCUGAACUACCUGCACAAUGAACGUCCUCGGCCUAUCAUUCACAGAGAUGUCAAGUCUUCAAACAUUCUACUUGGUGAUCUGUUUGAAGCAAAGUUAUCCGACUUCGGGUUAGCGAUAUGGGGACCCACAACAACACCAUUCAUGACACAUACUGAUGUGUUGGGAACCUUUGGUUACCUUGCUCCCGAGUAUUUUAUGUAUGGAAAAGUUAGUAACAAGAUUGAUGUAUACUCCUUUGGAGUUGUACUGUUGGAAUUGUUAUCAGGGAGAAGAGCUAUUGGAUAUGAGACUCAUGGUGGUCAACAAAGCUUAGUUAUGUGGGCAAAACCCAAAUUAGAGAAUGGAGAUUUGAAAGGCAUACUUGAUGAAAAUCUGAAUAUGAAUGGAGAUGAAGCACAGGCGCACAGAAUGGCUCUUGCAGCAACAUUGUGUCUUACACAAUCAGCUCGUUCUCGUCCCAAUAUAGGACAGAUAAUGAAGAUGAUAAGGGGCGAGGAAAAUAUUAAAGAAGAAAUGCACAUGCAAAUUGAGAACGAACAGGAUUCACAAAAUAUGGAUGAUAAUGAUGAUGAGGUUUAUCCAGAGUCGAGCAGUGCAGCAGAGUCACACCUCACACUUAAGCCUUGCCUUACUCGACGUAAAUGAUUGCUCUUCCACAUCAUCCAGCAGUGUGGAGCAAAGCAGCCCUUCAUCUGUGGAAGCAUACUUGAAGAAAAGAUGGAACACAUCUUGAGACAGCUUUGACUAUCCCUUUCCUGCAGAUUCCUAUAUAUUUUGGGUUUCUUGUUGUACAGUAAAACAAAAUGUUUCACCCUCUUGCCUGUAAUGAGGCGUUUCAUUUGUGUUUAGAUGCAGACAUCAGAAUAUAGUUUUAUUAAGGUGCAAAUGCUUCAAGCAAGGCCUCCAAAGUGUUUAUCAUAUGUUGAGUAAGGUGGUUGUAAUCACAUUUUUGAAUGAAUCCAAAUAAGGUUUUGAAAAUCGCA